CUCUCCACCCUAACAAUGUCGUUGUUCACAAAUCGACAGGGUGGGCUGUUUAGCGUCAGCCAAUCCUUUCUUUAGAUUAGUGGAUACAUCUCAUUAUUGUAAUACUUUAAGUAUUCGAUGAGGGUUGUUGUAUUCGAUGAGGGUUGUUGACGUCAACCGCCGGUAUUAAACAGAGAAAGAUGCUAUGUCACAAGCCUCAUGACAUGAAUGUGCAUAGCCAUUUCCGUUAUAGUGUUUAAAAAAAAUAGAAGUUGUCAAGUGUCCUACUUAUAUCAGUACAAUCGUAGCAACUUUGCUUAUAUUACUUAAGCAUUACUUAUAUUUGAUCAAGUAAAAAUCGCGUAGCAAAUAAGCCAUUCAUUUUUGUUUUGUUCACCAAAUUCGACACGCUUAUUGACCAUACAAAAAAAACUCGUUACAUUGGUGGGCGAAACAAUGAAAAAACGUCACCUGCUGGAGGGAGACGAUUUUCCGCCGAGUUGGACCUCUCCUACUUCAUUUAACACAAAGCAGCCGUUCCUGACACUGAAGUUAAGGACGUAGUGAGGCUGGUGUUAGCAAAACUACCAUAAAUAUCGAAACAGCUCAAAUAUAUUGAUGAUUUCCUAUCACUGAGAUUAUAUAGCAUUUUGUUUUUACAGCGAGCUUUUAUUUUGAAGGCGGAAUCGAAAACAGGAAGUCUACAUGCCAGCUGUUACAAAACCAAUCGUCAGUUCCACUUUCCCGAUAGGUUGGAAUGUGUCCUAUCCAAUGAGAACAGAAGUUAUAUUUUUGAUUUCAACGGUUUGGCUACAUUGCGAGUCUGCUACCGGCCACUGACAAGGGCAAUCUGAACCUCCCUGCCAAUGAUAUCUGGGGUCACAAACAUGUUUCUGCUUUGAAGCAUAAAGCACGGAAUCUGCCACCUGGCUCUGUGGAGCAAAGAAGUACCCAAGAGACACCAGCAGUGUCAAUUAGUCCCAUUCCACUGAUGUCAGGCCUAUUGAUUCUAAGUUAAGCAACCAAUUUGCAAGGAAGAUUCCAUUCAGUCUGAAAGCAGCCCAGAGAUAACCAGUCAGACAGCGCAACUGAAUUGUCCAACUAUCCACCUUGACUGCCCCGGGCCAAAUACAGACGUCCCCUGUAUGUCACUCCAUAUGGAGACUCUGCCAGACUUUAGUGUUAUAAGUGGAGAAACUUCACCUCUUUCAGACGGCGGUCAUUCAUCUAGACCAUCACAGCACAGUGGUAUCAGUGGGGAGCCCAUAGCCAAGCGGUGGUCCUCUAACCCAAUAACCAUGCUCACCCAUAUUUUAAAACCCAGCCAUCUGGGAUUCAACGGGCAGGAGUCCUGCUCCCCAAUUUUGAGUCCCAUAUGUGCCUCAAAGAUCUUCAGGAUUCAAGAUGAAACUUUACCGAACUGCACCGGAGAAAGUUUAUUUGAGGACACUAUAGACCCCUGCUUUUUGCCUAUGGUGGAGCCCACUGUUGGCAGCUCUACAAUGGCUUUGUCACACACACCUCCGGAGACUUGCAUUUCUAUGAGAGAGAGUUUCACUAAACCAGAGGAUGCAAAUAAAGAUUUGCAAAGGGGCUCUAAUUUUAGUCUCAGUUUGCAGGGAAGUCCAACAGCUCUUAGGGAGACUAUAUCAACCAGUAGCUGUUCCAGAGCUUCCCUGGAGGGCACACAUGACACAUCUGCAUUCGAGGGCAGCAAAGAAAGUCUGCAUUCCUUAGAACAUAAGGUACAGAACCUGACGACCGAGGUUGCUGUGUCUGUUGUGGUGCAAAAAUCAAGUGUUGCCUCUUCCUGGCUCUCAAAUGCUAAUGUCGCACAGAUAAUUUGCCCUGAUAGUGAGAAGUCUGCAUCCUAUACAGUGCCAUUGUCCUCGUCAACAUCUGGUUCCUUGUGUGAUGACAAGAUGGUGAACAACGAGCCCAAUGUCACAACUACUGCGCUGGAGGCUGUGGAGAUUAGUAGGCCAAUGAAAGACACUUUUGAAGCUUGCCAUCCUAUGAAGUUCAAUGCAACCACUGAGCAAGAGACUUAUGAUGGUACCAAACAACCUCUAAAUAAUACUUUUCAAACUAACCCCCAUGUAAAUGCAACCACUGAGCCAGUGACCAUAGUUGGCAAUGCACGCCCCCAUUUUCAAACUGACCACGAACCAACAAAAAGUGCUGAAGUUGAUGUCCGUGAACAUAUGGUACAGUCCCAACCAGGCCCGUCCGGGAGAGAUAGUGACCCCUUCACCUUGGAUGAUACUCUGGAGUUGAGUCCCAACUUUCUGCUCACAUCCACUCCCAUGGUUACAUCUACGGCUUUAAGGAAACCAGAGAGACCCUCAGAUGUGCGGAAAAAGUUAUCUUCGGGCAUCCUGCCAAAACCAGCUAAACCACCUGCUGUCUCUAAACUCGCCACUUAUAGGAAGUCGUUCCUUCAGCCCCAAGGUGUCACCUCCAAUCCAAAAUCAGUGCCACCCCCACUGAGAUCUGUGUCCCAGCUUCCAUCAUGGACUCGCCCACCAAAGACCAAGACAGCCCCCGUGGCUUCAGCCCCCUCGGAGCCAUCCUCUGCCAUACCCAGCAGAAGAUGCAAAACACAAGCAGAUGCCUCGGGACAUGCUGUGGUGACUGUUUCUCAGCAGGCCUCGACAGAUGAUCCUUCCAGUAGUAGGCGUAGCACAAUUGCAGAAUCCAAGCUGAUGCGCACUGGCCUGAGGAAACCUCAAUCCUAUGGCACUCGGAGAUCCAUAGCUAGCCUCGGGCAUCCUGCAGUAAGAGCUAUGGCAACGCGCUCCACUGAAAACCCCAGUCUCUCUUCAGGUUUAAAUGGAAGGAGUCUACAAGCACCCAACCAAGGCCAGAAGCACUUGCCAACCAGCAGUGAUGCUUUUCCUGUAGCAAAGAGGAAAAAAAUAGGUGAAGGUGGGUGUGUAUUUGUCAAUAACUGCUUGUUUGCGAUGUCUAAUAUUAAAGAAGUCUUGAGGUAUUGCUUUUCUGAGGUAGAAUACCUCAUGAUAAGCUGUAGACCACCCUAUUUACCAAGAGGUUUCUCGUUUGUAUUAUUUGUAUCCGCCUAUUUACCACCAAACUGUUGCUGGCACUAAGACCGCACUCAACGA